AUGAUUUCCGGUAUCGCACACGUCAAUCUCACGGUAACGCCCGGCACGCUGGCGCAAGCAGAGGAAUUCUAUGUGAAGACCCUUGGCUUGACAUCAGCGCCUGUGCCUGCGCUCCAGAUAGGAACAAUCUGCUGGUUCAACAUCGGCUCCAGCGGACAGCAGAUACACAUCACCGACCACAUCGCAGCGGAUCCGGAAUCAACCAGGCACCCAUGCUUCAAGAUCAAUAGCCGCGAGGAGCUGGAGCAGCUCAAGAAAUCAAUUUAUGAUCACCAUGUCCGAGGAGGGCCGGCAGCUCCGCUAACAGCCGAUAAGCCUGGAGAGGUGGAUUCUGGUCAGUUAUUUUCUUUUCAAAAGCCCCCGGGUCAGUAUAAUGACUAG